CAAUAAAAAUACACAGCCCACACAACACACAACACAGGAGCUGAGAGUUCUCAGGAGCACAGGAGGUCCUAAAGCACCAUGGCAAAAUCUGUGCCGUUUGUAAAGUUUAGUAAUGGACAGAAGUAUCCACAACUAGGAUUGGGAACCUGGCUGUCGAAAGAAGGUGAUGUGAUCCAGGCUGUGAAAGAUGCCAUAGACAUUGGUUAUCGACACAUCGAUACAGCAUUUGCUUAUGGCAACGAGGAAGAAAUUGGUAUAGCGGUGAAGGCCAAGAUAGAGGAUGGCACAGUUACUAGAGAUCAGUUGUAUGUCACAUCCAAGCUCUGGAACACCUUUCACAGCACUGCUAAGGUAUUUGAAGCAAUUGAUGUUUCACUGAAGAAGCUUCAGCUAGACUACCUGGACAUGUAUAUGAUUCAUUGGCCAAUGAGCUAUGUUGAAGGGCGUGAAAUUUUCCCCAAAGACGAAAAUGGCAAAUUUAUAUUUGCCGAUGUAGACUACUUGGAGUCAUGGAAGGUUAUGGAGAAAUUGGUGCAACAGGGAAAAGUGCACUCACUUGGACUGUCUAAUUUUAAUAGUGAACAAAUUCAGAGAAUCAUAGACAACUCGACCAUAAAGCCCGUCAACGUGCAGGUUGAAUGCAAUCCGUAUUUAGACCAAAGUCAAUUGAUGAACUUCUGCAAAGAAAGGGGUAUAAUACUGACUGCUUACUCACCACUGGCAAAUCCUACUGUGCCCUGGAAGACCUCAGAUGAUCCCAAGCUCUUGUCAGAUGAGAAAAUAAAGAUUAUUGCUGCUAAACAUGGCAAGACUGUACCUCAGGUUUGCAUUCGGUGGCAGCUGCAGCGAGGCAACAUGGUGAUUCCAAAAAGUGUGAAGAGGCAACGAUUGGAGGAGAACUUCAAUGUAUUUGACUUUGAGCUGACUGAAGAGGACAUGAAGACCAUCGAUGCUCAGAAUAUGAACUACAGAGCUCUACAUCUGAACUGGGUGAGUGAGCACAAGUACUGGCCAUUCAGAAUCCCCUUCUAAGUAUCAAUAAGCGGUGAUGGACACAAACUGGCAGGUGCCAACAGCAACACGGUGUGCAUUAAGUGUACAUGAAACACGUCCCACUAAAACCUAUAGUAGCCUUAGUAAUUUAUUAAAAUGAUAGGACACGUGCGGUGAUACACAUGGCAAAAAUCCCUUCAAUUGAUGUAAGUAGUCAUUGUAAUGUUCAAGCCAUUGUCAAGAUUGUCACGUGAUAUGUAUGCGUGCUAGUUUAUGAAAUCAUGUUGAAAAUAUUACGAUUAAAUGUCACCCGUUGAUGAUAUAGGGCUACGGUUAACUAGAAAAUGUUGACACAUUUGUCAGUAAUUUUGUCACCAAUAUAUGAUGUACACCAUAUAAUAUA